UUGCGCCAAGUUGUUUCCGGUUUUGCUAUUGGUACUUUACCAAAUAUCAACAAACUGGAAAAAAAGAAAGAAACAAACGAUAUACGAUAGCGCUCAAGUAUCACAACAUCGUACACACGGAGCACACGUUAGUUUCAUGACGGAACCUAAAAUCAAGGACGAUAUGGAAGUUUCAACCGUAAGAGUGCAAGAGACUUCCUCCAGUGGUGUUGCAUCUAUUAAAUCUGAGUACAUCGUGCCGUCCGGUGAGAAAGCUGCUGUGUUUGUUCCAGACGUUAAUAAAAACUCUACCACAGAAGACGAUUCAAACGUAGAGCCACCACAGAAAAGAUCUAGGAAAAACAGACGUGGCCAGAACAAGGCCCGCCCGCUGCCCUUCAAGGAGGACCGGGAGGGCCGGCUGUGUCCCAGCCUGGUGGACGUGGGGCAGGACCAGCCGUGGCCGCAGUGUGCCAACAGCAAGUGUGCGUGUCAGCACGACGUGGCGGCCUUCCUGCGCGCCAAGCCGAGGGACAUCGCCCCCACCUGCUACCUCUACAGUGUCCGCGGCAGCUGCCCCCGCGGCCUCACGUGCCGGUUUGGGUCACAGCAUUUGACUGAAGAUGGAAAAAAUAUUAAAAAAAUUGUUGAGGGGAUGGAUGUUUCAUCUGGUGUUGUUAAUUCCCUAACGAAAGAAUUGCAGCUGAAGCUCCGAAAACGACUAUACGACUUCUCAAGGACGGAGGAAGUGAUAUCGGACUUGGAAAAGCACAGGUCGAAGCAAAGGGAGCUGAAGAUAGCUGCUAAUAAUGAGCUGAGGUCAGCGAAGAACGGUGCUGUGUCUGCGAGAGACGCGGAGAUGAUGGACGUGGGAGAAGGCUGUGACGCGGGCGAGCAUAAACCGCUGGGACCAGUUUCCGACGAAGACAUCAUCCCCGUGAGGAAGGAAGAGCGCAAGAAGCUGGACUGGAGCAACAAGCUGUACCUGUCUCCUCUGACGACCGUGGGCAACCUCCCGUUCCGCCGCAUCUGCCGGCAGUUCGGAGCGGACAUCACGUGCGGAGAGAUGGCGCUGGCCAGCAGUCUACUGCAAGGGGCGCCGCAAGAGUGGGCCCUGGUCAAGCGACACCACUCUGAAGAAAUAUUUGGUGUUCAGUUGUGUGGAAGCAAUCCGAACGUGAUGACGCGAUGUGCCCAGCUGCUGGAAGACCAGCUGUCCCUGGACUUCGUGGAUGUGAACCUGGGUUGCCCCAUCGAGCUGAUCUACCAGAACGGAGCGGGCAGCGGCCUGCUGCGACGCGAGCGGAUGCUGGAGGCCGUGCUGCGGUCCAUGAAUAACGUCCUGGGCCUGCCGCUGACUGUUAAGACGAGGACGGGUGUCGGCAAGAACAUCGCACACACCUUGGCUCCUCGAUUUGCUUCCUGGGGUGUUUCGCUCAUCACUAUCCACGGGCGGUCGCGAGAGCAGCGCUACACCAGGACGGCCGACUGGGACUACAUCGAGCGCUGUGCCGCGCUCGCCGGGCCCACGCCCGUGUUCGGCAACGGAGACAUCCUGUCCCACGAGGACCACCAGCGCGUGCUGGCCCGCUGCCCGUCCGUCCAGGGCGUGAUGGUGGGGCGGGGGGCGCUCAUCAAGCCGUGGAUAUUCACCGAGAUCAAGGAGCGGCGGCACUACGACAUAUCCUCCUCGGAGCGGCUCGACAUGCUGCGGCAGUACGCCAACUACGGGCUGGAGCACUGGGGGUCCGACACCAAGGGUGUGGAGAACACGCGCAGAUUCCUCUUGGAGUGGUUGUCGUUCCUGUACCGCUACAUCCCGGUUGGUCUGCUGGAGAGGCCCCCUCAGAAGAUGAACGAGCGGCCGCCGACCUACAGGGGCCGUGACGACCUGGAGACGCUGAUGGCGAGCGCCAACUGCGCCGACUGGAUCAAGAUCAGUGAAAUGCUGUUGGGUCCUGUUCCAGAUAAUUAUUGCUUUCUGCCAAAGCACAAAGCAAAUUCGUGGGUGUAAUGACAUCAUGUACAUAUGUAAUAAAGCCUCGUUUUGGUAAGAUUGUGUUCAAGACACCACAUGAUUGUUAGUGAAGUUUCUACUUAUUAUUUUACUGUACAGGGUCUGUACCAUGAGUUAUUUAAAUAAAUAUAUUUCAAGUUUGUUA